CAUCAAAGAUUCUGCAAUGCUUUUGGAUAUUAUCGUAUGGUGAAUGCAAAAAACCCUAUGUAUCCAAAAUCUAGUUUGUGUAAUGAAUGUACUAAUGCGUGGAAAGAGAUUCGACAUAAAUCACAAGAAGAAAUCGAAAGUAAAAUCAGAGAAUACCUGACAACUCCAAUUCCAAUCCAAGGGUUUUUGCAGAUUAGUAAUUCGCGACCCAGCCCAUCUCAAAGUUCAAAAUCCGCUCAAACCGAUCAAGCUCCUCAAAAAACAAUCGAAGAGAAUAUU